AGUGCGUGUCCUAGUCCCUGUUUUCGAUGGCCACGUGAGCUUGACUGACCUGUAGUUUGGACUACCUAUGGAUGUGAACUAACACAGGACUGUCAUUAUUCACCGAUGUAUUAAUCGAUCUCAGUCUGGAUUGGUUGUUUGCUGUAAUGGUUAGUUAACGCGAGUGAUGGCGGCUCUGUGCCGGCUCGCGCCUCGCCUUCAGACGGUGAGGAUCUGCAGAUCAAUCGGACACAAAACCGACGAUCUCCUGCAGAACGAGUUGGUUCAGAGACACAUUAAACGCGUGAUCGACGAGCAGAAGUGUAUUUCUAGUCGUUUAGAGAGCGGACAGGUGCCAGAGUCUGACAGGAGAGAGUUAAACCUGCGGCUAGUCGAAGUGUCGAAGGUGGUUAAGGCUUUUGAGAAAACACAACUAGUGUUCAGAGAUCUGACAGAGAUACAGACCCUCAUUCACAACACCAGAGCUGAAGACCAGCAGAUGCUUUCGCUCCUGAGAGAGGAACAUGAAGAGCUGAGCAGAAGAACAGAGAAGCUGAACAAGGAGCUGAUAGAGACGCUGGUUCCCGCUGAUGAUCUCGACAGCAGAAGCGUCAUCCUGGAGGUGGCAGCGGGACGGACCACCGGAGGAGACAUCUGCCAGCAGUUCACCAGAGAGAUGUUUGAUAUGUACCAGGGCUUUGCCUCCUACAAACACUGGGACUUUGAGCUCUUCAACUACACUCCGGCAGAUUACGGUGGUGUCCAUCACGCGGCCGUGAGGAUCUCCGGAGGGUCUGUGUACCGCUGGCUGAAGUUCGAGGGCGGGACGCACCGAGUGCAAAGGAUUCCUGAAGUGGGUCUGUCGUCACGCAUGCAGCGCAUUCACACGGGAACCAUGACGGUCAUAGUGCUGCCGCAGCCACGUGAUGUGGACAUUCAGAUCGCAUCUAAAGACCUGCGCAUCGACACGUUCAGAUCACGCGGCGCAGGUGGACAGAGCGUCAACACCACGGACAGCGCCGUCCGCGCAGUUCACCUGCCCACAGGAACAGUAGCUGAAUGCCAGCAGUUUCGCUCUCAGCUGCAGAACCGUGACGCAGCGCUGCGUGUGCUCCGAGCCCGACUGUACCAGAGCAUCAUGGGACGCCAGAGAGCGCAGACGCACGCCGCACGCAGACAACAGGUCGGCACUCGAUCUCAGUCGGAGAGAAUUCGGACUUAUAACUUCAGUCAAGAUCGUGUGACGGACCACAGGAUCGCUUAUGUGACGCGCGACAUCAAGGAGUUCAUGAGGGGAGGUGAGGCUCUGGAGGAGGUGCUCAGACUCCUGCAGGAGAACCAUGAGAGAGAAGCUCUGCUGAAACUGGUGCAGAACAUCAGCUGAUCAACAGCCUGAAGAGAAAUCACUGACAUCAAGAUAUUGAGCAAAUAUUGUGUCUUCAUGACUGAAGUGUUAUGUGCAUAUUUCAUUAAAUUAUAUUUUAUACUUUUAUGAUUCAUGUCUGAGUUUGUCAGAGUCACUGCAGAUGUUCCAGUAAUGAAGCUCAAAUGUGUGCAGCACAAGUGUGAUGUUAAAAAUAAAAUAACAGUGCUUUAAA